UCCUCUCUCUCUCUCUCUCCUCCCCCCCCCCCCCCCCUCUCUGUUCUAUUCUAUGAGCCGCCAACUUGCAGAACCGGGUUCCUAUUUUGGUCUCCGGGGCUCGAAUCGGUAUGAUACUGUUGUCCUGGUUGGCCAAAUAUCGGAGUUGUGUUAGGGAGGUUCCUGUUAAGAGUUGCAGCGGAAACGGUAGUGGAGCUAGAUUUCAGAAGGGCUGAGCUAUCAAUAAAGCUCACAGAUUCCGGCGAGCCCUCUCAUUUCUUGUCCGAUUUCAUUUAUUUCCGGCGGUUUGUUUUCCGGUGGCCAUCGCCGUUUUCCUUUUCUGGGUCUUCAUUGUUUUGUGUGCUGAUAGAUUGGCUUUGAGUAGUAGGUUUUGGUGAUUAUUAGCUUUUUUUUGGGGGCAAAAUCUGGGUUCGGGUCAGAAGUUGAUGAUAGCUGGUAGGUAGAGGUGAAAAAACAAGAUUGACUGGUGGAUAUAGGAUGCUUCAAACCGAAACCCUGGGAAACUCAUUCUCAAAAAGCUGCCUUAAAUUGUUCCAAGAUAAAUGUUCUAGGCUUCCCAUUUUGGGAACUCAAAAACCCCUAGCUACGAAUUAAUUACCCAUGCCGGCUGACGUUGAUAACUCUUCCACGGUGAACGAACCCGCCGCUUCCGGCGAGGCCAGCGUCUCUUCAUCGGGGAAUCAAAAUCAAACAGUACCCCCAAAACCGCCUACGCCGCCCAAGCGGAAGCGAAAUCUUCCCGGAAUGCCAGAUCCAGACGCCGAGGUGAUUUCUCUGUCCCCGAAGACUCUGCUCGCGACGAAUCGGUUCAUUUGCGAAAUCUGCAACAAGGGGUUUCAGCGAGACCAGAAUUUGCAGCUUCAUCGGCGGGGUCACAACCUUCCAUGGAAGCUUCGGCAAAGGUCAAGCAAGGAGGUUCGGAAGCGAGUCUACGUGUGUCCGGAGCCGUCCUGCGUUCAUCAUGCUCCUUCUCGAGCGCUCGGCGAUCUCACUGGGAUUAAGAAGCACUACUGCCGGAAGCACGGCGAGAAAAAAUUGAAAUGCGACAAGUGCUCCAAGAAAUAUGCCGUUCAGUCCGAUUGGAAGGCUCACUCGAAGAUUUGCGGCACCAGAGAGUACAAAUGCGACUGUGGAACUUUGUUCUCAAGGAGGGAUAGCUUUAUCACCCACAGAGCUUUUUGUGAUGCGUUAGCCGAGGAGAGCGCAAAAGCCCAGCCGGUGGCCCCUCCGAGCGCCGAUGAGGGACCAAAACCUCUAGCUGUUUCUUCAUCACCGCUACCCCCGCCUCCACCUCUGGCUCCACCCACAACCAUGUCUGCUCCGGUGGCUGUGGCAUCCCCUGUUUUGCCCACUCAAAGUCCAGCCUUGUCGGACAAUCCAAAUCCCACCCAGAUUUUGGAUGAUGUGCCAGCCACCACAAGCCUAACUGGAAGCUGCAGCAGUACUAGCUGCUCCAGCAGCAAUGGAAGUACAAGUAGUAGCGUAUUUGCAAGCUUGUUUGCUUCUUCAACAGCUCAAGCAAAUUUGCAGCCUCCGGCUCCUGGAUUUACUGACUUAAUCCGAGCGAUGGCUCGCCCGGAACGCGCAACUGAUAUCACGCCGUCUUCAUCGACAGAGCCCAUUUCUCUCUGUCUGGCCACCAAUAACGGCUCCUCAAUUUUUGGUACUACCGGCCAAGAGCGACGACAAUAUGCUCCGCCGCCCCAGCCAGCGCUGUCUGCGACGGCAUUGCUACAGAAGGCUGCCCAGAUUGGAGCGGCUGCGACAAAUGGGUCGCUCCUCAGGGGAUUUGGGAUUGUUUCGUCGGCCAGUUCGUCGUCCGGGCAGCCAGAGUGGGAUGGUAGACAAAUUGAGCAGGAUCAUGCGUCUGUUGUAGCGGGACUAGGGCUUGGGAUUCCCUGUGAUGGGGGUUCUGGUUUGAAGGAGUUGAUGAUGGGAACUCCAUCGGUGUUUGGCCCCAAGCAGACAACUCUUGAUCUUCUUGGGUUGGGAAUGGCGGCCCAUGGUGGCCCCGCCAGUGGUCUGUCGGCCCUAAUGACCUCCAUCGGUGGUAGAGAAUUCACUGGCAAAGAUAUCGGAAGGAGCUCGUGACAAUGGAAGGCUCAUGGAGACGGUGUACAUUAAUACGGGACGUAGGCUGUUUCGAGUUGAGGUUGAAGAUAAAGAUGAAGCAUUAGCAGCUUACGGGCUUCCUUUCUUGCAUGAGAAAUCUGUAUGAAUAAUAAUGUGGGAGGUCCAAAAAGGUGAUUACAAAUCAUGAGUAGAUAAUUAAUGUGUAUUAAAGUGGAUUUGAUCGAAAAGGUUAUUGUGCGAGCAGUAGUACUAUAUUUUUUUGACUUGGUUGGUUGGUGUUCUUCACAAGUCAGUCUCAAUGCCAGUUGAAUGGAAUUAGUAGUUGAAUUUUA